ACAAUCCACAACAACAGUGACUGUAGUCUACAUUACAAUCUGUUCAUUGACCAGGAAGUAACGGGACCAUAUGACGACGACCAGACCGCAAGAGAUAUUCUAGGUAAGCUACUCUUUCCAUAUAACAGCCGAGUGAAGUUUAUCCUCUAGACGUUAAACACUUAAUGACUGGUCCCGAGGGAAACAGUUGAUUUUGUUUCUCGAGAAUCUCAAUGUUUUUUCGAGACAGAGCCGAGGGAAACAUUAACUAUAAAAUUCGAGGAAAACAAAAUUAACUGUUUCCCGAGGGACCAGUCUUUAAGUGAAUUGUUAUAUAGCCCACGAAGAAGAAACUUUUCGUUUACAAAUUUAUGAAAAUAAAUAACGGGAGCGUUCAACAUUCGUGGGUAACAGUGCACUGUUACCUUCUGACGUCAUAGAUUUGCAAUGUUGCCCACUCAGAGAUUUUGGCGGGAAACAGUUUAAUUGUUAGAUGUCAUGUGACCUCGAAGUAACCAAUGAGAGCGUGUGCAGUUGGGAAAAAAUUUCCAGUUUUGCAAAACCACUGAACUACGGGAGACUCCACUUUCCAUACUGAGGACGUGUCACUACGAAGAUCUGAGUAGUACGUUUGAUUUGUUGAAGCAAAUUUACAACCAGUUGAAUUUCUGCGCUCGUUCCUCAGACUUCAUCUGGCGGGAAAACCAGUGUUGUCUUUGCGAAAUGUUGGCUUUCUUCUCAGGUUAUGGAGUACUGAAUGUGCUUGACUCUUUUUGCUUUAAUGCGAGGCUUGUAAUCUUAUCUUCAGCUCUAGAAAUUAGUAGCCAGAGUGGAGUCAUACCAGCAAGAACGUCCCAGAAGAUAACAGCAACAGCUUAUCCGUCAAGGCGAAUUGCCUACCAGUUUAAACUCAGUUAUGAACUUCUUUCAAUGUUUGGUAUGUAUGCGUUAGUCAGUCCAGGGCCUUUUUCUUUUUCCGUGUUGUGCAGUGUUUAAAGAUGAUGUUACACGAGACGAUUCGCAACAACACUUUUUAGCGCAACACAGCGUUGCAACAUUGUUACCACAUUGUUUGGAAUAGUUACAACAUUGUUCCAACAUUGCAACACAGUGUUGCGCUAAAAAUCGUCGUUGCGAAUUGUCCCGUUUAACAUCACCUUAAGUAGGCCAUUUCCGGGUUGCCUCAAGCCUCUGUCUCAAAGCGAGGCCAAGUGCAAAGCCAUUGAUAUGAAAACGUUUUUUAUUCUCAUGCGAAUAAAACUCAUUUUUACAAGAAAGGUUUCGCACUUUGCCUGGUUUUGAAAGUGAUAGUUUUUGGAACUCGGAAAUGGCCUUUUCUUUCAUUUCCAAAAACAGAAUAUUUUCCUAAUUUGUUUGCAAAGUCCGUCAUUUGAUGAGUAAGAUUUCAUUUUGUGAAAUUCGAAACAGGCUCCCAUGAGAAAUUUUCUCUGGUGUUAGUUAACUAAUUAUAUCUAUAGCCCCUGAGAAGUGUGAAAAAGAAUGCAACGUGCUUUAAAUUAUUCUGGUACAAGGUUUUAUCCACUGAAAAUUAAAAUUACUCAAUUUCCUAAUGUAUUCCGUCUUGCGUUGCUUCACACCACCUCUCUGACUUCAAGCCAUGACGAGUAAGUAUGUCGAAUUAUUCCGGAAUAUGUAUUUCUUUAUGAUUUCUUUCGGCAGAUGACGGUAAGCCCUUCAUAACGUGCUCCAAAAGACAACUUACUGAACUGCAGUGCCAGGGAGUUUACCCGACUCUUUCUGUGACUGACGCCCGCUGCUUGGGUAGCGGCAAAGGAUACAGCAAAGUUCACAUAUGGAGUCUUUUUUCACUUGAGAGGUAAGCCGUGCGGAUAACCUUUGAUAAAAAAAAUCGGCUGAUGUAUUUUCUUAAAGAGAAAGUCAAGUGCGCAUGCAGCUGAAGACCGUAUUCGGCUUUCUUUGGAAUACAAGCAAAGUAUUUAACUUAUCAAAUGGCUUACUUAUCUUUAAAUGCCUGGCUCAUUGCCACAUUUUCCUUGUCACUGGACUUCGUGAUAGACGUUUUCAUGACUUUAGAGACGUUGGUAAAAUUCAAAGGUUGGAACCAAGAGAACUGUCCUAAAAGACAGUUCUCUUGGUCCCGAACAUGCCAAACCUAGAUAGCGGUAGGUGUGUAUAAAGAAAGUGCGACUGUAGUGGUUUUAACCACAUCCCCGAAAUGGACAUUGGCGAUUGGCUUACUGUUAUAGGCAGCCUCGUUUGAUGAAAAAUGUCGUCAUUUUUGUUGCAGUCUCAAUGAAUGUCUGGAAUCUGAUCCGUCUCCUUCUGAACUUCUUUAUGCUGCAGUCACAAGACACAGGUUAGUAAAACGUUGCCAGUAGACGCAGGCAAUGUAGUGAUAAGCAGAAGGACAAAAACUCAGUGGCUUGUGUGACUUAACGGACUUAAGCAAAGAUUGUAAUUGUAGCUGAAAUUGUAACACUCGGUACAUUUAUAGCAGUCACAGAACCGUUUCAUGGACAUAAAUGACUGAUAAGGCUGAGAGAUAAAGCCAAAGUGUUUUAGAAGAAAAUGUGUGACGUUUGCAGUCAUCACCUUUUGUAAUUAAUGUCAAAAGCGUGAAAUGAACAUUGUUGCUUUAAGUCCAUAUACGUUUCUAAGACCAAGCGUUAGUGCCUUUUUACAACUUGCCAUAUCAAACCCUUCAUACUUUGUAAUGAGUUUAUUUCACUUCCAAGUAUUUCUCCACAAACAUUCAAACACUUAAAUCGUUUUAUUUGUUUAGAUCCAGGACUAAAAUAUCUUUCAGCUAUCUUUUAAGCUCACCAAAUGUUAACCUCUACAGCACAAGACGCAGAGUCCCUGUCAACACAAGAGCCAUAAUGGACUUCAACUUUGGUGCUGCACCUCUGGGUGUGGAUCCUUGUGUGGUGCAUCUAAACUUAAAAAAUACAGGAUCAGUUCCUUCUGAAUGGUAAAGGCGAUCUAUCUAUAUCUCUAAGAUAUGUCUACCCACAGGGGAAAAUACUAGGGAUACAGAUUUUAAUCGAUAUGUUCAAAUUUAAUAUGCUUUUCUUUUGAAAUAUAAUUAGCCGUUAGGUCUGUGCGUUACUAACUAUGGCAAACGCAAUGAUGUCAAAAGGAGUCUUGAAUCUUUUGACCCUUUUUAAUGAUAAACAUGUAAUAUAAGGGUAAGUUUGAAAAGAGAAUAUUGACGAGCUCUGAGGAAAUUUCGGGUGCCAUGGCCAAAUUAUCGCAUACAAAAUAUUCUCAGCCCAAGAUGAUAAGUUGUUUAAUUUUUUCAUACCGAAUAGAAUAAGAAGUGACAUCACGGUUAAGAGUAUGUUCUUACCUUCACUUUGUUAUCAAUCAGUUCAAUUUCCUGAGGCAAAAGACAUAAAUUUAAUAAUUUAUCUCGUAUUUAAAUUCAAGAAGGAGCGAAAACAUUUUCCCCUUAAUGGCUGCUGCAAGUCGCAGGAACGCUUGCAGUGCUUUCGUCAGACCAAAAGACCGUAUGCUCUUUGACUGUUGGGUUGUUCCACUACAUCAAUCCCUGUUGACUUUCUGCAUUUGUAUUUGAUUUGCUAGUUCUUAUUUUGUUAUGUUUGAAGAGCUAAUAUAAUGCAAUGAUCCUGUUUUACUUCAUCACAGGGCAUUCUUGUUCCCCAGUGAUCUUCAGCUGGAGCUCGAGUACUGGGCCGAGACAGGGGAAUAUGAUGAAGAUGAACUUCAUGAGGUAAGACAUCUUGAACUUGAGUAAAUUGGGCAAAUUUUUUGGCUAGCAUUAUAUUCCAUGAUGAUUUGUCACUUUUACUGGCUAUGCGAUCAAUUUGUGCUUCUUUCCAAAAGAAUUUAAGCGUGACCUUUUAUGUACUGUUCACCGAGAGUUUUAAACCUGAUAAUACACAACUGCAAGUUUUAUGAACGGCUUCAAAAUCUCUGAAAAAGAUAAAUUCAUUCUGCACUAAUGUUUAGAUUUAGGGUUAUUUUGGACUAAAAUAUUGGAGGUAAAGUUUGGCCGUGUCUCUAUCAUAUAUAAAGACACUCAUCUUUUGUUUUUUCUUUAUGAAUUAUUAAAGAGUUUUUGAAUGUCAAAAAACAAUUAAUCUUUACAACACCCAUAAAUUGCAAGCUAUUGACCAGGCAAUUGCAAUAUGAAAACGUUUUACUUUGCAUGUCUGAAAUUAAACUAGUUCUGUUCACCACGUUGUAAAAUUAAGUUAUAUUUUCUUUAAACUCUAUUAUUCGUUUUUGCACUCCCAGAUGCAGGUAAUGGAUAAUAAAUUAUUCAGCAUUGAACCUCGAGGAGGAAAGCUCUUGCCGGGAGAAUCACACACAGUGACCCUUACUUAUAGGUAAGCAACUUUGAAAUCUGUUCAAGAAAGACUUCGGUAUUUUGCAAUCACAAACUGUUGCCCUUCCCUAUAAGUAAACGCAUUUGUAAUCUAUACAAGACACAUUUCAGCAGUCAAAGAAUCCAAGAAAAAGGCGGAUAGAAUAGCUAUCAUUAUGCUACUAGCCUGAGUAUCAGGCGUUUCUGGGGCUAUUAUGCUACAUGUCAUUGGACCAUUUACAUUCCUAGAGCCAAUUAGAAUGGUGCAAUUAACACUAGCUACUUCUGGGCACGUCAAAAUUACAAAUCUGAGUUUUGAACAAAUAACAUGUAUAUGUUCUAGUUAAUUUUUCAUCUCAGGUAAUUUUUUUUAUACUUUUGUUCCAACUUCAUUGGGAUACAUUACCAUUGAGAUAAAAAAUUAACUACAACAUAUAUACCUAAUUCAAUGAAGGUUGAUUUAGCAAUUGGUUAUUGGCAGUUGGGUAUUUGGGCAUAUGGAACACACUGCAAUGACAUACUUGAGUGACCACCAAACAAUAAUUAUCUUCCCAGGGUACAAUUCCCAAUGCCCAAAGGCCCAAAGCAACCUUCACUGAAUCAGUUAUGUGUAUAAUGUUGUAACGACGUUUGGUCUGAGGCAAAAAUACUAUGGUGUGACCAUUCGUAAAACACAUUAGACGCACAGCUUUGCAAUAUGUCACAAGAC